AUGGAGGCCGCGAAUAAGAACUUGAAGAGGAUAAUCCGUAAAAUGACCGAAAGACACCUUGAUUGGCACGAGAAGCUCCCCUAUGCAUUAAUGGCAUAUAGAACUGCUAUUCGGACUUCUACUGGGGCAACGCCUUACAAUUUCGUGUACCAAAUGGAAGCGAUUUUGCCAGCCGAGGUCGAAAUUCCUUCUUUGCGCAUCCUAAUGGAGGCCAAACUGGAUGAGGCUGAUUGGAUUAAACAACGUCAUGAGCAGUUGUCUUUAAUCGACGAGAAGAGGUUAAAUGCCAUUUGUCAUGGUCAGUGCUAUCAAAAGAGAAUGGCCAGUGCUUACAACAAGAAGGUCAAAGUGCGGCUGUUCAAAGAAGGAGACAAAGUAUUGAAACGGAUUUUACCAGUACAAGAGGAGACUAAAGGCAAGUUUGCACCAAAUUGGUAA